AACGCGAAGGAAGCCCAUUCAGAGCGUACCGCCAUGCACAAGGCGGCCUUUUUUGGACACUCGAAUGUCAUGGAGUACUUGAUCGGUCUCAAGGGUGACGUCAACGCGGUCGAUGCGGACGGGGACACUCCCCUCCACGAUGCCGCCAAGUUUGGCCACGAUGCCGUGGUAGAAGCUUUGCUCAAGGCUGGAGCGGACAAGACAAUCCGAAACAAGGAAGGAAAGUCGGCUACCGAC